AAUGAAUGAAAACUUCAAUCCGAUGGAAUGCUAAUUUGACGUCCGCAAGGAGACAUACUUCUCUCUCCUCCCCCCCUUCUCUCUCUUGCUUAGAUACAGCGAAGAACAGCGGACAACCAAGAGAAAAAAAAAAAGAGAAAAAAUAUUAAAAAAAAAUAGCAAAAAAAAAAAAAAAAAAUAGAAAAAGAGAUACUGAGAUAGACCCUUUCUCUCUCUUAUUUGCUUCCCUCAUUAGUUCAGAUAUUGAUUUUUAGGAGAGUUCCAUUGAGGAAAAAAACACUUUGCCCCUUGAAAAAAAAGAAAAAAAAAGAAAAAAAAAGAAAAAAAAAAGAAAAAAAAGGAACCCUAAACUCAAGCCAUUUUCAUUGGUGGGUCUCUUACUACUUGAAGUAAAGCUGAGAAAAAAAAGAGAAGAAUUAGCACAAACCCAGUUCAUGUUCUAGUGUUAAUUUCAAUACCCAAAUCCCAAUUUUGGGAAUUUUUCUCUCUAGAUUAAUUUUUUGGAGUGUUGAAAAUUAUGCUUAAACUUUGAAUGAGUGGGAUCCGAAGAUUUGAAGUUGAGUGAUAAAAUUAGCGCAAAAGCUCGUGGAUUUCUUGGAGUCAUCGACAUUGUAGAAUGUUAAGAAGCAAAGGCUGUUGCUUGGUUUGUUUAAUACCUUUACGGGGUUAUUUAUUUAGUGACUCUCAAGUUCUUAUGGUCAAACAUAAAGUUGUUUCAGAUUCUUCAGUGUGUGGUUGCUAUUUUGGAGUAUCAUGCCUUGGAUAUCAUAGUAAAUUAUAUGGUGGGUCGUCUUGUAUGUCCGAAUUUUCGAACGGUCUGUAGUGUAAAAUAUAGUUGGUGUAGCAGGAUAUAUGUUGUUUUAGAUAGUUAAUUUCUUAUUGAAGCAGUGAUAGUGUUUUUUGAGAUAUUUUUGAUAGAAAGAUGGUGCCUUCUGGGCCUUCCACCCCAAUUGGUGGUGCCCAAUCUGUUAAUCCCUCACUUUUAAGGUCAAAUUCCGGGAUGUUGGGAGGUCAAGGUGGUUCGAUGCCUUCGCAAGGGGCUUUUCCCUCCCUAGUCUCGCCCAGAAAUCAGUUCAAUAAUGUGAACUUGCUGGGAAAUGUUCCUAAUGUUACAUCACUCCUUAACCAGUCAUUUGGAAAUGGCGGUGCAAACCCCGGAAUUCCUGGUGGCGGGAAUGGCCCCAGAGGUGGGCUUGACGCAGGAGCUGAGUCUGAUCCCCUUUCUGGCAUUGGCAAUGGAAUGGGGUUUAAUCCUCCUUCCUCUUUUGGGGGUUCUAAUGCUGUGAAACCUAGUUCAUCUGGUCAGGUUCAAGGCCAGCAGUAUCCGAAUUCUUCCAGUAAUCAAAUGUUGCCAGAUCAAGCCCAAAACCAACAGCUUGAAUCCCAAAAUUUCCAGCAUCAGCAGCAGUUGCACCAAUUUUCUGCUAACCAGCAGUCGCAACAGCAACAAUUUCGUGGUGGGUUAGGUGGUGGUGUUCCUGUGAAAGUAGAGCCCCAGGUAUCGGGUGAUCAACAUGGCCCCUCACAACAGCAGUCAUUGCACAAUUUAAGAGGGCUUGGUCAGGUUAAGUUGGAACCACAUCAAUUGCAGAAUAUGCGAGGUAUUGGGUCUGUAAAGAUGGAACAACACUCAGAUCAGUCGAUGUUCAUGCAUCAGCAACAACAGCAUCAACAACAGCAGCAACAGCAACAGCAAAUUCUGCAGCAAAUAUCUAUGUCGAGGCAAACCCCACAAGCUGCUGCGGCUGCACAGCUUAAUCUUUUGCAGACACAAAGAUUGAUUCAGCUGCAGCAGCAACAGCAACAGCAGCAACAUCAGCAACAUCACCAACAUCAGCUUCUGACGUCUAUUCCGCAACAAAGGUCUCAAAUGCAGCAGCAGUUUCCACCCCAGAACUUGCCUCUUAGGUCACCUGUGAAACCAGUUUAUGAACCUGGGAUGUGUGCCCGUCGUCUCACACAUUAUAUGUACCAGCAGCAACAUAGACCAGAGGAUAAUAAUAUCGAUUUUUGGAGAAAAUUUGUUGCCGAGUAUUUUGCUCCAAAUGCCAAAAAGAAGUGGUGUGUUUCUAUGUAUGGAAGCGGUAGACAAACGACUGGAGUAUUUCCUCAGGAUGUAUGGCACUGUGAAAUCUGCAAGCGCAAGCCUGGCCGUGGUUUCGAGGCAACUGUCGAGGUUUUGCCAAGGCUCUUCAAGAUCAAGUAUGAAAGUGGCACGUUGGAAGAACUUCUUUAUGUUGAUAUGCCUCGUGAAUAUCAGAAUUCCUCCGGUCAAAUUGUUCUGGACUAUGCAAAAGCAAUUCAAGAAAGUGUUUUUGAGCAGCUACGUGUUGUUCGUGAUGGCCAACUUCGCAUUGUUUUUUCCCCAGACCUUAAGAUAUGCUCAUGGGAAUUUUGUGCCCGACGUCAUGAAGAGCUCAUUCCUCGACGACUCUUAAUACCCCAGGUUAGUCAGCUUGGCACUGCCGCACAGAAGUAUCAGUCUGCUACACAAAAUUCAUCAUCCAACAUGUCUGUUUCUGAUUUACAGAGUAAUUGUAAUAUGUUUGUUGCAUCAGCUCGACAAUUGGCAAAAACGUUGGAAGUGCCAUUAGUUAAUGAUUUAGGCUACACCAAAAGAUAUGUGCGCUGCCUUCAGAUAUCUGAAGUGGUUAAUAGUAUGAAAGACCUUAUUGACUACAGUCGGUCAACAGGGGCUGGACCAAUGGAAAGUUUGGCCAAGUUUCCUCGAAGAACAAGCACGCCUUCUGCUCUUCAAGGGCAAACCCAGCAACCUGAGGAGCAACAGCAACAGCAGCCGCCACCGCAGCAACAUCACCCUCAACAACAGUCACAGCAGGCAUUGGUUCAGAACUCAAACAACAACGAUCAAGGUUCUGUCCAGGCUGCGGUAAUGCAGAUUGGUUCGAGCAAUGGGGUGACCAGUGUAAAUAAUAACACACUCAACGUACCCUCCACCUCUACUUCACAAAGUACCAUCGCUGGGCUUCUCCACCAAAACUCAAUGAACUCCCGACAACAAAACCCUAUGAACAAUGCUAAUAGCCCAUAUGGUGGUGGAAGUUCAGUUCAGAUGCCAUCCCCUAAUUCAUCAAGCACGAUGCAGCAAACACAACCAAGUCCUUCCCCUUUCCAAUCGCCCACACCUUCUUCUUCUAAUAACCCUCCCCAAACUUCACACAGUGCCAUGGCGGCAACCACCAAUCACAUGAACUCAGCAAAUUCACCUGUCAUGUCCAAUAUCCACCAGCCAGCCCUCUCAGGGGAUGGCGAUACAAAUGACACUCAGAGCUCAGUUCAAAAACUCAUACAAGAAAUGAUGAUGAAUAGUCAACUUAAUCCUGCUGGUAUGAUGGGCAUCAGUUCAUUGGGAAGUGAUGCAAAAAAUGUUAGUGGCAUUUUGCCAAUGAGUGGCAACUCGCCUCUCAAUGGUCUCAUGGGGAACGGGCCCACAAGUAAUAAUUCUAAUAUGGGUAGUGGGCCCUUAGGUGGCAUAGGUGGAGGAAUGGGCCAAGCUUCGGUUGUUAAUGGAUUACGAGCUGCCAUGGGCAAUAACUCAGUUGUGAUGAAUGGAAGAGUGGGUAUGGCCUCAAUGGCUCGGGAUCAAAGUGUCAACCAUCAGCAACAAGACUUAGGAAACCAAAUGCUAAGUGGACUUGGAGCAGUCAAUGGGUUCAACAGCCUCCAGUAUGAUUGGAAGCCAUCACCAUAACAGCAGAUUAUUGGAAAUGGGUCUGAAAAUCUGUUAGUCUUGGGUUCUGAAAAGAAAGCGAGCUGUUUCUGCAGCAUGGUAUUGCAAGGAUGGAAAAAGAUUAGGCUUUUGUGAUUCCUUGUUAUCCCUGUGAAAAGAGAUAGCACCAUGGACGGAAGCUGAGGGUUGGAGCUUUGAGGAAGAAAGAGGGAGGGGGGGAGGGGGUUUAGACACCACUUGUACUAAUUUCAGAAGAGGAGAGGGAACAUAUAGCAUAGUGUUUUACUAUAUUAUUGAAAAGAAUAUCACAUUUCUCAAAAAUCAGCUGUUUUUGGCCUCUCUAACUUUGUCUUUCAGUGUUUUUACUCUGAUCUUCAAGCUUCAUAUACUGCAUAACCAGGAGCGAAAUGGGUUCGAUCAUUGGAUGAUGAACGACAAGUAGAGGAUGGAUCCAAUACAGUUUAUGCAUUGUACAACCAUCUUGUAAGUUUCUAGAGCCUUUUUGUACACAUACUAAUAUAAUAUGUCAGCAUUCCCUUCAACUACUAGUGAUGUUGCUUGGUGAUGUUAUAACAUGUUCCUGAGUAGGAAUCUCAGGUGUGCGACUUCCUGAGUAGGAAUCUCAGGUGUGCGACUUAAAUGGACGGUCUUUGGGUUGUUAAAACAACCACAAAUAGUAUCUAAAUUUUAGUUCGAAUGUAUUAAUGCAUCAUAUACAAUGCCUCAGAGAAAAGUUUUGUACCAAAUAUAUUGAGAUGAAGUGAACCUACUUGUGCGGCACAGGUCUACUAGAUGAUCUUCAUACAUAGGGCUAACUAUUCUGAAGAAACUAAGUUGAUGUCUGUGUGGUCGAUUGGAUUGGAUCAGCGGUGUAACCAUACAUGAGUAUAGACGUAGCACAGACCUAAAGCUAUGGAGUGACAUUUAUUUGUGUCA